AUGGAGCGCCCGGCACCUCUGAUCGGCUUGCGCAGCUUCGGAGGCAUCCGCAACGGCCCAGACUUCAAGAACGGUGACCCCCUGCUACCAUAUUCUGAAAAGCCGCUUCAGAAACGGGUUCCCAGGAUCAAGGCAGUUUUCAGUCACUGUCUGUACAAGAGGGUUCUGGUCUGGGCUGUGGUGAGCCUGGUGCUCGUCACCCUUUUCUUGUCUCAAAGCCGCCGUGUUUCACUAUCGCACGUGGUUGAAUACGCAAAAGGUCAGGCUCCAAAUGUACAAAAUACUCCAAAAAAUGCUAGUAACGAAGGAUUAGGGGCGGGGAAAGAUACAUCUGCCGAAAUUGACAUCACCAAUGUCAAUGACGGCUCCCAGAAGCCUGCAGUGGAAGUGCAAGUUGAUGAACUCGAUCGGGAAGAGGAUGAAAAGGAACGGGAAGAAUUUGAGAAGGAGGCCAAUGAAAAACCUUGGCUGCGGUUCCCUCACCUCGACGGCUACUUUCAUGGGUUGAAGACGCUGGUAAAGGCAUCAGAACUCGUACCAGAGUACCCCAAUACCACAGAUGCAGCGCCUUUGCCCGCACCUCCUGUCAACAACGGCCGUCUACUUCAGCCGACCGCAUACAACCCAUACACCACAGCGGGCAAACAUAUCAAGACUUGUUAUCUCGACAAGAACAGAAAGAUCCCGGCACCCGACGUGUAUGCAUACAAUGGUGUACCCCAGCAUAUGCCCGACGCGGCAUUCGGAUCAUACGAGAUAUUCGGAAUACGAGACGACAUUUGCUUUGACCGGUUUGGGCGAUUUGGCCCUUAUGGUCUGGGCUAUGGAAAAGAGGAAGGUGGAUUGGGUGUUGGCCAGGACACCGAAGAUUCACACAACGAGUUGAUCUGGGCAACGAGCGGCAAGAUUAACUACACCCACGUUGAUUGGGGCGAGGCUCAAGACCAAUGCUCUGACGCAAACAAGCAUCGCCUACUGGCGCCCGUUUCACAGUCCGGGGAGCUUCCCAAGUCUCCAGGCGAUCGAAAGGGCAAGAAACCUCGCCAAGCGGUUGUUGUGCGCUGCUAUACCGACUUCCAGUGGACAGAUCUCGCCGUAGUCAACUUCCGAGCUCUCAUCACGGAACUGUCACUCAAGUCCGGUGGCGAGUACACAGUCCAUAUCCUGCUUCACGUCCUCGACAAUGAUGAACCUAUCUGGGCUGAUGACGGAGUUGUUCAACGAAUUCUCGAUAGCCACAUCCCUGCCGAGUUUCAAAGCUUGGCGACUCUUUGGAGCGAAGCCCAGAUGGAGCUUUUCUACCCCGGAGACUUUCAGGACACCUACAACAACCCCAGCAGCGCGCCGAUUCACGGUGUCUAUCGCAGCGCACACUUCCCGCUGCAAGUGUUUGCCUCUCAACACCCAGAGUACGAAUACUUUUGGAACUGGGAAAUGGACCUGCGCUAUCUUGGCAACUACUUUGAGCUGCUUGACAGAAUUGGACGAUGGGCGGACGACCAACCUCGGCCACUGCUGUGGGAACGAAACGAACGCUACUACAUUCCGUCGUACCAUGGGACAUGGGAAAACUUUACCAAAACGGUUGAAAUCGACCUCGUACAGUCGGGCAGACAAGCCGUCUUCGGGCCCGUUGAUCACGAAGACAGAAAAUCUCUUUUCUUCGAAGAGCGCGGCGAGAGGGCUCUCCCAGACAGCUGCGGCGCCGGCCACAAGCUUACGCAGUGCGGAGUUGGCGAAGGCGCCGACCUCAUCACGUUCAAUCCCAUUUUCGACAUUGCCUACUCUGGGUGGGUAUUCUCCAACGACAUUGUCGGCUACAAGAACCCGUCGUACGACAAUCCUCCGCGGCGAUCGUCCAUUGUCACGGCAGGCCGACUGAGCAGGAGGCUACUCAUGUCGAUGCACGAGGAGGUCUGGCGCCAUCACCGCACCAUGUUUGCCGAAAUGUUUCCCGCAUCGGUGGCCCUCCACCACGGGCUCAAGGCCGUGUACGCUCCGCAUCCCGUCUUUUUGGACCGGGCCUGGGCGCCCGCGGGUUCCGCCGUCGACGCCGUCUUCAACGGCGGCAGAGACCGCUCGACAUCCGGGUUAAAUAGCCCCUUUUACUUCUUCAACGAACACAACCACAAGGGAACCAGCUUCUACUACAACAGCGAGUUCCCCAGCCUCUUGUGGAAACGAUGGCUCGGGUACGCCCAGAUGGACGGCCGUGGACCAUUCGGGGGCCGCCGCGGCGCCGGCACCCUUCGCGGCGGAUACGAGGAGGAGAGCUGGAGUGACAGCACCGGCCGCAUGUGUCUGCGGAGCAUGCUUCUGCACCCCAUCAAGUCGGAGGGUCCUGAGUAG